CUUAACAGUUGCGCGUUCCACGUUUGAAAAAUCGAGUGGAUUUCGAAUUCGGAACUUUUUAAUUUUUGUGUUCGGGCGUCAAUGGACUUUUGAUAUUUUUGUAUAGUGUAGCGAUGUGCAUGGUAGUAUUCUGAGUGUGUAUUAAAGUCGUGUGAUGGAGAUGUCGCUGCCGAACGGCGUGGAUGUGUCGCAGCUGGUGCAGCACCCCGUGCUGGCCGCGUUGCCGCCCUUCUUCCUCAGAGCUUCAGAGAGAUAUCAGUUUUCUUGUCCACAGCGGACGCCGAAGUGCGCGCGGUGCCGCAACCAUGGCGUAGUGUCAGCACUCAAGGGUCACAAGCGCUACUGCCGGUGGCGCGACUGUGUGUGCGCCAAGUGCACGCUUAUAGCCGAGCGGCAACGCGUCAUGGCGGCCCAGGUCGCGUUACGGCGGCAGCAGGCCCAGGAAGAGAACGAAGCGCGGGAGUUGAACCUGCUGUACACGGGACAGCCGCCCACGCCGCACCACUACGACAUGCCCGACGACUCGCCUGCUCAAAAGCGUGCACGGAUCACGGAGGUAUGCUCCAGCCCCUCGCCCCCCACGGACCUGCAGCCCGAGUCCAAGUCUCCGCCGCAGACCCCGCCGCUUGCCACCCCUCCCCCGCGCUCGCCCUCCGACCACGAGCUCAACGUGGAAGAAGAACUCGAGGACCAGUCGGAGACUUCCCUCACUCCCGAAAACCUCUCCAUGAAGGCACCCAGAACCGAAGACCCGACGCCAGUCAAAAAGGAAGAGGACGACAAGUGGGAGAGCCCCGAUUUCAAAUACAAAAUGUUCAGACGAGAACGAAAAGAAUCGUUACCUGAGCAGUCCGAGGACUGUUCGCCUUCAUUCCAGAAAUCACCCAUUGACGUUCUUAUCAAAGUUUUCCCGAGGAAGAGUCGUCAGGAGAUCGAAGCUAUCCUAUCACGCUGCAAAGGGGAUGUGGUCGCCGCGAUGGAAAUGAUGAUAAAUGGAACCGAGCCUCCAACGAACGCGUACAACAUGACACAAGAAUCUCCUCCUUACAUGCAGAAUUAUCAGUCUAAAUCUGCUUUCUCGCCACUGUCGAAUCAGAGUUUUAAGUUUUCUCCGUCUCGGAGGUUCCUGACGCCCCCGUACAGCGGGACGGGGUACCUGCCGACGGUGAUCCGGCCGCCGCCGGAGUACCUGUCGGGGUUCCUGCCGCCGGCGGAGCUGAUGUACGGCCGGCAGCUGCCCGUGCCGUCGCCCGGCACCUCGCCGCGCUCCGACAACACCAACACCGAGUUCUCCGACUAGGGGUACCCGCACUGGACAGUGCUGUGAAGUGCUGAUUUGAGGACUUGUGAUUAGAUAUGAAUGCUUACUUAGGAAAAUUAUAAUUUCCGCAAGAAAUCUGACCAACAAUAAUAAGUAGAGUGUGACUGUAGUUUGCUCAAGAUGGUUAGAUUGAUUUAGUUCACAUUUAAAAAAGCGACUUUAACAAUAAUUUUAUAUAUACAGACUAAGAUCAACAAUUCACAUCCUAGGUUUAUAUAAAUUUAGUACUUAUCGUUUCUCAAUCUAGAUCUUAUAGAUUAAAGUAUUUCAUUUUGAUUAGGACUUUCCAUCAAACAAUUCAUUAGAAACUGUCGAUAGUGUCGAUACUUACAGUAAACUCUGCAUUAUGACCAAUUUGAAAACAAGUCUACUGAAAAAAUUAUGAACCUUCAUUUAAUUCAACUAGAUGAACUAGAUCAAUUCAUACUGAUGUGAUGAUUAUAAUUUACCUACAACAUAUUUUUUCCUUGAUAUCAAAUAUUUCUUCAAAAUUAUAAGAGGUAUCGCAUUCACUGCCAGCAACCCGCCAGGCGCGGGUGUUUAAUUCGUAGACGCUUUUCCCUACCUACAGAAUUACGCAGGUUAUUGGCUAUGCUUGUGACGCGUAGCAUUCUGGUAUUGGAUUUUAAUUAUUUACGCAAGUGUUCCCGAAAACUAGUUUUCGCCUAAUAGACAUUGUUUAUCGUCGAUCGUAUUGACUCCCUUGAGGGAGGAUUCCCUUAUUUAGAAAUUGUGUUCGCGAUAAAAUGUACUUAACAUUUUAGAAUAUUGGAGUUUCCUCCACUUUAGUAUACGAAAGAGUGUUCAGAUGUGGCGUGUAACGCUAUGUUGUAAAUAAUGUGUCAGGUAGAGUAGUCUUAACAGAGUUAUAUGCCGAAGUUAUCGAAUAUUUGCCUGUAUAUUUAUGCUUCAUAAUGGUAACUUUUAAGUCAAUGAAUGUUUAGCGUUAAAUUUAUUGUAUUUCACGAUAAUAAAGUAUACAGAAUACUUUAUAAUAUGUAUAUACUAAGAAAUAUUAAUAAAAUUCUUGCUACUGCUUAUCUCAAUCUACUGUUAUAUUACGACUAGAUUUAUAAGGAUAUCAACUAUCUAAAGUAAACAGGUACCCGUCGUAAUUGUAUUAGAUAUUAUGUAGGUACUUUAAAUAUUUAUAGCUAGUGAAUGCAUAAUACUCGAUAUCGUUACUUUUACUCAAAUUUAGGAAAACACAAUAAACACCGAUAAACAGUCACGUUUUUUGUCAUGUACUUACCAUAAAACUUGGGUACUUUUAGUACUAUAAUCUCAAAACCAGUAAAUUUAAUAAUUAUUACUUAUUCAUUACAUUAUUGGGUAAUGUACUAAUGUUUAAUUUCAUAAUAAAAUAAGUAUAUUAAAAGUCAGUAUGAAAAAGUAAAGGAUGAAAUAACGCGUCAGUUUGGAUUUGGACCUAAGUUAGGUGACAUGGACCAUAUUACAGCCUGUGACAUUGCAAAAGGGUCUUUGGUUUUCGAGUAGGUAAAAUUGUACGUAAUCGUAACACGGACAUUGACUUGCUCACCUUAGUUCAUUGCUGUACUUAAAAAAGUGCUUCAAAAAUAUCUCUGUACGAUAAGUGUUCGUUACAGAUUUACUACUUACUUGCUAUGAUAUUAUUAGAAGGUGGCAAAUACUUUUGACGCUUUGUUUCGCCCACUGCUUUCGAUACUGACUCUAAUUAUAUAUCUGUACAUAUGUAGGUGUAUAUAAGCCUAUAACCUUUCGUAGAGUAGCGUAGUCCAAAUGUACCAAUAUAAGACGAUCAAUAAACGAAGUCACUGAG